AUGCUUUUGACCGAUGAAGAUCUCCUCAUGCGCUUAGGACUUGCAGCCCUACUCCUCUCAGCCUAUCCCAUAUUCAAAGCGAUAUAUAACCUCUACUUCCAUCCACUAGCCUCUUUCCCUGGUCCAUCCAGCUGGGCUGCCUCGCGGCUUCCAUACGUCUUCUCGCUCUUGACCGGCACCAUCGUCCAGGAUAUAGAAAAGCUGCAUAGAAAGUACGGCCCUAUAUUGCGUGUAGCACCAAAUGAAGUCACAUUCGCCCAUCCUGAUGCUUGGAAUGACAUAUUCCAAGAUCCUCUCUGGUGGGGUCGUUCACCCGGUCGAGCUGAAUCUAUCAUCAGCGCUGAAGGGAACGAUCAUGCCCGGAUACGCAAACUUAUCAGCUAUGGCUUCACACCGCGAGCAUUACGAGUGCAAGAGCCCAUAGUUCAGAAGUACGUAAGUUUGUUCAUCGAAAAGCUUUCUGAACAAGUCCAAGGCCAAACUACUGUCAAAGUUGACGUCGUACCGUGGUUCAACUAUUAUACGUUCGAUUUGUUUGGCGAGCUUGGUUUCGGGGAGUCCUUCAAUUGCUUACAAAACUCACGGUACCAUCCUUGGAUAACUCUGGUAUUCAACAGCGUCAAAGCAGCUUCAUUCGUCACCUCAACCCGUUUCUACCCGCUUAUUGAAUUUGUCCUCAUGAAAUGCAUUCCAGCAUCACUGAAGAAAACUCAGGAGCAACAUUUCCAACACAUCGUCGACAAAGUUGAACGGCGACUUAAUUGGGAGGUCCAGAAGCCGGAUAUCAUGUCUUACAUCAUUGAACAUAAUGAAAAAGAUAAAUCAAUGACAUUGGGUGAAAUACAAACGUUAUUUUCAGGACUGGUCACGGCUGGUAGCGAAACCACGGCAACUUUUUUGGCUGGGACUGUCAAUCAUCUUGUCCAGAAUCCAAUGAUAAUGGCAACUUUAGUAUCUGAAAUACGACAAAGCUUCGAUAAGGAAAGCGAUAUCACUUUCGAAGCCAUGUCUAAGCUACCUUAUCUCACUGCUGUGAUCAAUGAAGGUCUUCGACUUUGUCCACCAGUCCCGGUUAUGCUACCGAGAGUCGUUCCCGAAGGAGGAGACACAGUAUGCGGACUAUGGAUGCCAGAAGGGACAAGUAUUUCCAUACAAGCUUGGUCCCUCUUUCGCGACCCAACUCUGUUUCAUCGAGCGGACGAAUAUCUUCCCCAAAGGUGGCUCGAAGCAGAAAAUCCAAAUUCUCAGUAUUUCCAGGAUCGACGAGACGUGGUGACGCCAUUCAGUCUCGGCCCUAGAGGUUGCCUUGGAAAAGAUUUAGCAUGGGCAGAGAUACGGUUGGUAUUGAUCAAGCUUCUGUGGACUUUUGAUUUAACUGCAACCACCAACCUUUUGAAGUGGGAGAAUCUGAGAACGUUCCUUCUUGUUGAGAAAAAGCCUGUGGAGGUCAACAUAAAGCACAGGAGUGCAUAA